GAGCACCUUGAACUUGAGUUUGCUUUGAAAAAUAUGUUCGAACACAAAUUGUCAAUUUGAAUGUGGAUGGCAAGGAGUCUGCCACGUUGAAGACCACCUUGCAAAAAUUCGAAGGAAAUCUGAAAGAACUGCCUGAAAUUCAAGGAGAGAGUUCGCCUACGUCUCCAAUUUUCAUCGAUCGUCCCUACAAACACUUUGGGACCAUUCUCAACUUUUUGAGAGAUGGAGACGUGAUUCUUCCCAAUUCUAUGGAGAGCCUCAAAGAACUUCCCCGAGAAGCUAUCAUUUAUGAAUUGACAGGGUUGAUUGGAAAAUGCCAAGAGGCGAUUGCAAGAUUGGGUGGAGAGCCAACAACAGUGUCUCUGUCUAAAAUCGAGCAAAAUGCAACACCACCAACUAUUGGAGAUCCUGUAACAAGUUCAUCAGGCGACACAGAUUCACCUCAGAUCCUUGAACAGCCUGACAACAACGAGAUUCAAAAAAGCUGGAUACGCGAACGAAUAUUGAACAUAGUUAAUUCUACUCACUGGUUGAUUUCGCAAUGCCGAGAGUUUCUCGAUGCGGCGGAAGAUGCACUCCUCUUUGUGGAAGGAAACAUUGAGGUGAUAUCUUCAACCAUUGGCAAUAUCAUCCGACUCCUUCAGUCAGCUAGGCAGUUUCGCAUCUUUUAUAGACUUUUUGGGAUGUUUUUCACAUUUUAA